AUUUGCAUACGCUGACUGGAGCGCGAGGCGAGCGCGCGCCCGCGGAUCUGCUCCUCUCGAGUGACGCGACUGGAUGCUCUGAUUGAUUUGUGAAUCUGAUGUAAAGAAAAUAUAAAGAAACACGCAAAUAAUGAUGAAGAUGAUGAGAAUCGACGCGGAUUCAUGAUGGAGGAAGUAAACGAUCCGAGGAGGAGAAGAAGAAGCGCGUUGAUGUGAGGAGCAGAAACUGAGGUGCGUUUCCAUCCGAUCCGAAGCGUCUGACAGAAACACGACGACUUUGAUCCGACACAGAGAGGGCAAAUGGUGUACUUCCUGUCCGUGGAGGGCAUAAAGCCCUCGUUCCACUCCGCCCUCCUCUUCAACCCCGCCAUCAACUACUCCGACAGGAACGAUUCCUCCACGCCGACGCCUGUCGUCUGCCGUUUGGACGCCUCCUCGUCCGCCGCCUCCCCACAGAGCAAUGUCUCGCUGACGUCGUACGACCUGUCGCCGGCGGAGGUCACGCUCCUCGGCCUCGUGUUCGGGGUGUUCUGGGUCAUAUCGGUGCUGGGGAACUCGCUGGUGUGUCUGGUGAUCCAUCGGAGCCGCAGAACCCAGUCGACCACCAACUAUUUUGUUGUGUCGAUGGCGUGUGCGGAUCUGCUGUUGAGCCUAGCCUGCGCGCCACUAGUUCUCCUGCAGGUUUCCGCCGGUCACUGGCCUCUGACCGCGGCCGCGUGCAAAGCUGUACGAUACUUGCAGCACCUGUGCCCCGGAGUCCAGGUCUACGUGCUUCUGUCCAUCUGCGUGGAUCGUUUCUACACCAUCGUGUAUCCGUUGAGCUUUAAAGUGUCGCGCGAGAAAGCCAAACGAAUGAUUCUGGCGUCUUGGCUCUUUGAUGCUGCGUUCGUAUCGCCGUGUUUGUUCUUCUACGGAUCGUCGGCGUCGCAAAACCACUGCGACUUCUUUCUGGCGGACAGCUGGGACGGGUUGGCGUACGCCGUCGCGCAUCUUCUCUUUGGUUUCUUGGUGCCGGCGCUGCUCAUCGUGUCCUUCUACCAGCGGGUGGUGCGCUACAUCUGGAGGAUCGGCGCUGACGGGCGAACGGUGCGCAGGACCAUGAACAUCGUCCCCAGGACUAAAGUCAAAACCAUUAAGAUGUUCCUGAUGCUCAACGCCGUGUUCCUCCUCACCUGGACGCCGUUUUACGUCGCACAGCUUUGGCACCCAACAGAAAAGACGGGCCCAAGCAGGCGGUCAGCGCUGUUCUUCGUCGCAGUGGCCUGGAUCUCCUUCAGCUCCACGGCGUCCAAACCCACGCUGUACUCUGUGUACAACGCCAACUUCAGACGCGGCAUGCGAGAGACGUUCUGCAUGUCGUCCAUGAAGUGUUAUCGCAGUAACGCGUACACCAUCACUGCCAGCUCGCGGAUCGCCAAAAAGAACUACGUGGGCGUGGUUGAUCUGCCCGUGCCGGCAAAGACGCUCAUCAAAGACUCUGUUUAUGACACUUUUGACCGAGAAGCAAAGGAGAAGAAGUUAGCAUGGCCUAUUAGCUCUAACCCACCCAACACUUUCGUAUAAAGGCUCAGAAAUUAACGUUGAAUAGAUAGCUCGCCCACAAAUGACAAUACUGGCGUCAUUUACUCACCCUCAAGUUGUUUCAAACCUGUAUCCAAAACCCGUGUUUCAAAGUUGCUUUCUUAGGGGCCGUUCACACAGAACACGUUUUUCCAUUCCAAUGCGCUACUUUUUCGUUGUUUUUCUACGCAUGCUAGACGGACGUGUAAGAUGUUGGGUAAAGUUAAAAGAAUUAACAUUUUUACACGCAGCGCCGCUCAUCAAUGUCAGUUCCAAAACAGUGGACCAAUCAGAAGAGUGCGGAGGCGGGGCAAGCAUUGCCAGCUUUUGUUUACUGUAGCAAGUUGGCAUGGCAACUGUUGUAUUUGACAGCAACAUGACGGAAGAGGCGUUCUGCUCGCGAUUUUUAGACACAAAAGACACAUUCUGUGUGAACGGCCCCUUGUAAAAGAUAUUUUGAAGAAUGUUGGUAGCCAAACAGUUGAUGGUUGAUGGAUUGUUGUCAUACCAUGGAAGUCAAUGGGUACCAACUGUUUGGUUACCAACAAUCUUCGAAAUCUCUUCUUGUGUGUUCAGCAGAAGAAAUUCAUAAACACUCGGAACAACUUGAGGGUGAGUAAACGAUGACAAAAUUUAAAUUUUUGGGUGAAUGAUUCCUUUAACUCGUUAUAAUGAUACGUGGGUGAGUAAAUAAUGAAAACUUUUGAGCGAACUGUUGCUUUAACUGCCGUUGCACCACGAUUACACGCAACAGAAUCAACGUGACUAGACUAAAUCUGUUGAAAUGCAAAAAAACGUGGUGCUAACUAUAACUAGUUCACUUACUCACUGAUGACAUUGGAGGAAGACUACAAAACACCCUUAUCGUCACUGCUGUGAUCCAGUGGAAGGAAAGUGUUGAUCGUCAUGUGUUCUUCUGUUCGUGUCAGUCUGUGAUCCUACGGUGGCCUAGUGGCGCCAAACAGGGUUCAUGUUAAUCUUCAGAAGAUGCGUUUGUGUUUUUUGUGCCUGUAGUUACAGAUAAAUUUUGUCUCAUAGAUUUGUGUGUCAUUUCAUGAUGCAAGAUGUGUGUCCCUGUGAUUUUACAAUUAAACAUUCUGUACGAUUUAAAUGUAAGCCACUGUCUGAAUGUUCCUGUGACUGAUUGGUUAUAUUUACUAAAGCUGUACUUCAAAGAGCAGUUCACCCAAAAAUGAAAAGGAACUGAACGAUCUGUUUGUUUCUUCAUCAGAUUUGUAGAAAUGUAGCAUUGCAAUGGAUGCUCUG